GAAAUGUGAAGCACAGGAUGAUUGUUCUUAUUGUUCCAAUUAUUACUUACACUCUUUAAUGUGUUGAGAGGGCAUAGAUCGUACAUAUGUAACUGCUAUAAUGGAUAACAUUCUUUCACACGGAUCAUUAACAUUCAUCGCUUUGCUGGGCGUUCUUCUCAUCAACUCUGCUGCCACAAAACCUGAUGCCGAUGGUCCAUCUGUAGUGAUGAAACAAAGCCAACAGAGGGACGAACGCCAACGUUUCGUCCUUGAUGACCAAAGAGCUUCCACUACAUCCGCGACAACUGCAAGUGAAGCAUGCGCGGAUCUAGAUCCACACGGUUGUGCGGCGAACCCUAACAUCUGUAAUGACGACAUCGUUGCCGAAGUCACGUGUCCAGUCAGCUGCAACAAAUGUCCUACAACAGUAACGACGACAACCACGACAGUUACUACUACCAGUCUCCAUGCGCAUCCUGCACCAGAGUGGGCAUCUUGGGAGCAGUAUGCGGCGUGCCAGGUGACGUGCGCGACUGGCUACGAAAACACCAUUCGUACAUGCUGCCUCCUGGGGGAUAACCGUGCUUGUCUACUUCUCCCUUGGGACGCCCUCAAGCCGCUCAUUGGAACAUGUUCAAUCGACGGAGCGUGGCUGGAAUGGUCAGGAUGGUCGCACUGCACGGUGACGUGUGGGGGCGGGGCACGACUGCGGACCCGACAGUGCGUCUUUCCGGUCGAGUUCCGACACGGGGACCCAUGUACAGGCGACUCAGCGGAAAUGGCCACAUGCGCAGAUCAAACGUGCCCGGGCAAGCUUACGCUGGGUCAGUGGUCUGAAUGGGCGGGUUGGUCAGCGUGUGCGGUUUCGUGCGGGGGCGGUCUCGUCACACGAUCACGCGCCUGUCCGAGUGGUCGCGUGUGCACGGGUAACGUCGAGCAGACCAAACUGUGCAACAACGGGGCAUGUCCAGCGGACGGUGUAUGGUUGUCAUGGCAGCCGUGGACAGAGUGUGACGUAUCCUGUGCUAACGGAACUCGCCAGCGCUAUAGGGAAUGUUUCUUCUACACCGCAGCCCCAAUGGGAAGUAACUGCACCGGUCCGGAUGUUGAAACCACACCAUGCAGUACAGGCUCUUGUCAAACGGACGGACUGUGGGCGGACUGGAGUCCUUGGGGUCAAUGCCCGGUCACUUGUGGGGGAGGCAUCACACUGCGCAUGCGCAACUGUGUAUUUCCGAUGCCAGGUCAUCAAGGUCAAUACUGCCCGGGUCUGUCUACGGAACUGAAAAGUUGUUCAGCAACUGGAUGUCCAGAGGACGGGAUAUGGUUGUUAUGGCAGGCGUGGUCCGCUUGUUCCGUUUCGUGCGGAAAUGGAACUAUGUCUCGCACCAGAGAUUGCUACUUCGAUCCUGAUUCACCGAAAGGACGCAUUUGUCCCGGAAAUGACGUCGUUAUUCAGAACUGUUCAAUGGAGAUUUGUCAGAUCGACGGUGUUUGGUUGCCAUGGAGUCCCUGGUCAACCUGCUCAGUAACGUGCGGGGACGGACUAGUAAUGCGCACGCGUAAUUGCUCCUUUCCGGACGAGCAUGAUCACGGACAGCCCUGCAUGGGUGCGGCCACUGAAGAAAAUAACUGCACUGUCAACCAGUGUCCUGUGGACGGUGUGUGGCUGUCGUGGAGUGAGUGGUCUGACUGCUCAAUAACGUGUGGUGAUCAGCUAGGGCUCAGUACGCGCAACCGAACCUGCUUCUAUUCGCCCGACCAGCCCCUCGGUGACGCCUGCCCCGGAGCGACAUCUGACAGCAAAUACUGCGCCGCGGAAAAGUGCCCGAUAUGUAAACCGUUUACUGUGACGGACGAUGCAUGGAGGCCGUGUAACGGGACUCACUUUCUUCUAACGGACCCACAGAAAGUGGCGACCGCCCAGUCAGCGGCCGUGUGUUGGAUAAAGGGCGGUUCCAUCGGCUCCCUCGGAGAUGGCUCGGCGCAGGAAGUUAACAACAUCGUUUCCGAUUGUAGCCUUCAGAAUAUUUUCGCUACCGGAGAGCUAUACAGGAUCAGAGAGCCCAUCGACAUGUGUUGUUCAUACCUGAGCAUGGACCAGCUUGGUCACGUGACGAUUGAGCAGCACUCUAACUGCAUUGACUGUCCGACCAAAUCCUUCCUCAUUUGUGAGAACAAACAGCCACCAAGGAUUUCUACUGUGUUCGACCAGUGGUACGCAAUAACAGGUUCUUUACAAGGAAUCUUAAUUACAAGUAUCACUGAUACCCAUGAGGCGUGUAUACACAAAUGCAUGUCGAUGUCGGCUAAACUCGCUCCAAUUGACCUCGCCUCCGCGCUGGCACCAACCAUAUUGCCACCUAGGGACCCAAGCUUAACGCACUAUUGGAUGGCUGAAUCAGCGGCAGCCCCUGGCCAGUGUAGGGUAGUAGCCGACUCUCUCCACACGCGCAUGCAGGAGGUGGCAGCCCAGUCAUGUGAAACUCUCGCUCACUGCAUUUGUCAAUCACAGACAUCGCUUUCUUGUUGA